AUGACUACGGCAUUAGGACAUCCAAAUCGUUCGUGCGUCAGCUGUAAGAAGAGAAAAGUCAAGUGUGAUAGAAAGACACCUUCCUGUUCGGCUUGCCAAAAGUCGAAACAUAGAUGUCAUUACACAAGCUAUUCUCCUCCUGUCUUUACUGAGGAACUUCAACAACAACGUGAUGAAGAUGAAGGGAUCAAAGCUAUAAAGCAAAAGAUUGAAGAAUUAGAUAAUACCACAAGACAACGAUGGGAACAUGUUCAAAGAAUGUAUUCUAAUAUUAAAAACGUCCAACCUGCCAUCGCUGCCAAGGAAGAAUUUGUAAACAACUCAUCAUCCUAUUACCUCGAAGAUGACGAUACUCUUUUCAACAUGAAUCUUACCAAUCCUAUGAUGCCUCCGACGUCGGCAGCACAAUACCCUUUACCACAAGGGUCGCCAUUGCAAAUGUCACAACAAGUCGCUCAACUAUCGCCACCCCAAUCACAUUUAUCUCCGCAACAAGUUCAAAUCCCCGCGCCUUAUUUAUUACAACAACAUUAUCAUCAUCCAACUUCAACGGCAACCUCUCCCUACAUUCAAACCGAAAAUACCGUCUUUCAUUCGGAAAAUUAUUCCCCGUAUAUGAGAGGAACCAUUACAUUAAAUUAUAACUUGAAUGGUAUGAGACCUUUAUUAGGAAGACAAAUCGUACCGAUUCUACAAGCCAUAACUGUAGGAAAUGGUCCAAUCAUUCCACCUACAGGAUUCACCGAUAUUGGUAAUUUACAAGCUUGGUUAAGAGAAAAACUCUCAAGUCAAGAUUGGACGGAAGAAUCGGAACAAGAUGAAAGGUUUGAAUUACGACCUAUCAUCGAAGAUGUCAAUCAGCAAUCAUAUUCAUUAAGACAGAGGUUCGAAGUUAUUCUUCAUCGUGUUGAGUUCGCAUCGUCACCUACUAGUGCGCAUGGAGACUUUCAUUCUUAUGAAUUUGAAGAGAAACCUCAUAUUGAUAUGGAUAAUUAUACAAAUUACAGUGAGACCGGAAGUAAUCGAAGCAGUAUUAUAGAGAUUGAUCCAACAGAUAUCUUUUUAAAUAAGGUUUAUUCUUUUGUGAGAAGAUUCAUAAGGAAUCAUUCAUGGUUACGAGAAAAUUUCUUAAUGAAUUUGAGGGUUCGGUCACCACUCAUGCCAAUGGGAUUCGACACUUUCAAUGAUGGCGUCUUCUCCGACAUAGCUGUUGAAGUCAGAAAGACUUAUUCGUACACCCCUUAUCAAGAUGUGAAGCUCAUUUCCAAUAACCAUCAUGAAGAGUUUGUUAAAGGUCGUUUAUUCUUUUAG